AUGAGGCAAGCCAUUAUUAAAGAAGAUUUGAGCACCUCUUUCGAAACCGACGCUGCCAUUCCCGAGCCUAACGAGGAUGAAGUCAUAAUUCGUGCGGUGUACGCCGGAGUAAAUCCGAUCGACUGGAAAGGUGCUCGGGAAGCGGAUGCGGUAGCUCUACAUGGAGAGCUGAAGAAUCCAGUCCAUCGGGCGGCUGGAAAGGAUUUUGCGGGCUACGUCCAUGCUGUUGGCCGAAAGGUUCACAGUUUUCGUGUUGGAGAUCGAGUGACGGCCGUCAACCAUAGUAGUGGCUUCGCCGAGUAUUCAGUCGGACCGGCAUGCACCACUGCGUUGCUGCCACCGCACGUCUCAUUUGCAGAAGCGUCGACGUUUGGACUGGCGUAUAUCACGGCAGCACUUGGCGUCUUCAAAAAUCGGCCCCUACCAACACCCUGGAAUCCAGCACCGCGAGACACCAAGCACCCGAUUAUCAUUUACGGCGCUUCGUCCGCUGUAGGCGCUUUCGCGGUUAAGUUGGCCUCGCUUGCCAAUCUUCAUCCCAUCAUCGCUAUUGCGGGCCAGAGUGGUGACGUGGUCAAGUCGAUUCUUGACCCGAAGAAGGGCGACAUGUUUCUGGAUUAUAGGCAGGGUCCAGAGAAGCUCAUCCAAAGAAUACAGAGCACGCCGGGGGACAUCCACUUCGCAUUUGAUGCAGUCUGCGGAGCAGGAACAUCGGAACUCCUAUGUCAGGUGCUCUAUCCCGAAAACUCCUAUCUAGGUCGAUCUCUUCAUCUGGAGGAAGGGGUGACAAAAAUACCCCAGAACAUUGAUUGUCAAGUUGCUUUCGCGCCGGGUCUAUGGGAGCCUAACGACCCGGAUGGUCCGGAUGGAGAGAACAGUCCUAAUAUUGGCCCGAGAGCCUUCGCGACUGUGGUUUUUGCCUAUCUUACCUUUGCUCUUGAAAAUGAGCUGGUUCGUGGACAUCCUUACGAAGUACUGCCGAACGGACUGGAGGGACUUUCGGAUGGUCUUAAGGCUCUGAAGGCCGCGAAGAACAAAGGUGUAAAGUAUGUUUGUGAGAUCGCUGCUACGCCGGGAUUUUCCGAUAUGUAG